AUGGGGCACUGCACUUCCAAGGACCAGAAGGACCAAAAGCGCUUGAAUCGUCGCAUCGACGAGCAAAUCCGCAAAGACCAGUCGAUGCAGUUGAGGGUCAUAAAACUGCUGUUGCUGGGGGCCGGUGAAAGCGGCAAGAGUACCAUUCUUAAACAGAUGAGGUAAUUAGUAGCUUAAAGGGUCACCAGAGUUAUUUUUGACUGUAAUCAGAGAGGUACUUGAACAAGUCAAUAGUAAUUUGUAGUAAGAGUAAUCAGCGUCUGAACGAGUAAUCAGAGUUAUUUAAAGUACUUGGUCUGAACUUUACUACGUCAUCGUACAUUUCAGAAUCCUACACAAAGACGGCUUCUCGAAGCAGGAUCUCGAGCUGAUAAAACCUGUGGUGUACAGUAACUGCAUACACAGUAUGUUGGCCAUACUGCGAGCCAUGUUUCAUCUACAGAUCGAAUAUGAUGACCCUGAUCGCGUGGUAUGUCACAGUCAAACAUAGUUUAAUAUUUAAAUUUUUGAAAUUGUUUGUUCUCUCUUGCUUUAUCAGUUCCUGACUUUACCACACGUUUUGAUAGCCCCAAUGUUAUGUUCCGUCCUCAUUUGUACGUUUUCAGAAGGACAGUCAAUUGGUGUUCGCCACGGUGCACGCGAACAAGGAAGAGCUGACGGAAGAGUUGUCGGCGGCGAUGGAACGGCUGUGGAAGGACGAUGGGGUACAGGAAUGCUAUCGCCGCUCCAACGAGUACCAGAUAGACGACUCGGCCAAAUAGUAGGGCUCCUUAAUCGAAUCAUAUCCCUUUGCAGCUUCCUCGACAAUUUGCCGCGCCUCGCCCAACCGGAUUACAUCCCCAACGAGCAGGACCUCCUGAGGACGCGGAUAAAGACCACCGGCAUCACGGAGGUGCUGUUCGAGCUGAAAGGCCUCACGUUCCGCGUCAUCGAUGUGGGAGGACAGAGAUCGGAGCGCAAGAAGUGGAUUCACUGUUUUGACAACGUCAACGCUAUUAUCUUCAUUUCCUCGCUGUCCGAGUACGAUCAGACCCUGAGGGAAGAUAAUUGCACGGUGAGUAAACAAACUUGUUUUUAUUAUGGACAAACCACUUCUGACACUCGGCCUCACGUGGCGUCGAGGUUGUCAUGUCUUGAGUUUGGGGACUUGUCACAGAUUUCAAAUUAAUUUUUUUUAAUUUUAAUAACGUAAUAUUAAUAUUUUAAAAAUUUUUAUAUUUUAAAACUAACAUCUUUUGAAAUUCCACUUUUAAACCUAUAAAACUAUUAGUUUUGAAAGCUCUAGAUAUAAGUUUGUGUACCUAAAAAGCCAGUUCUAUCAUGUUUCGUGCUAUUUGCAGAAUCGGAUGCAAGAGUCCUUGAAACUGUUCGAUUCAAUUUGCAAUUCCCCUUGGUUCGCGGAAAUUCAUUUUAUUCUAUUUUUGAAUAAGAAGGAUUUGUUCGCCGAGAAGAUACCCAGAAGCCCGCUGACAGUGUGUUUCCCCGAAUACAAAGGUAGGCAAUGUCACUCAAUUAGUCCUAAUCCAAUUUGUUUUCAACUUAGAGUUCCGUUUGUGAUGAAUAACAUCCGAAUAGUUCCGUAUGUCUUGUAAUGUAUUAGGAUUGUGUGCUGUAUAAUAUUAAUAUAGGCUUUUAUAUUCAUAUUCAUAUUAUGUCUUGUGUAAUAUUGUAAUCAUUAUAUACGUUUACUGUAGUAAAAGUUAUAAAACCAAAGGUUAUACGACAAAAUUGUGUCAGUUUUUUGACCAAUUAACAAUUAUGUCGCACCUCUAUGUCAUAAGACUUCUCCAUUAGGCUUUACCAUAAGACACGCUGUAAUAACAUAUAAUUAACCGCUAUUACUCAAAAAUACCUUACUCUCUUAAUGACAAACUUCAUUCCAGGACAACAAAGCCAGACCGAAUGCAUAAACUACAUCCAGUGGAAGUUCGAGCAACUCAACCGGUCGAAUCAACGUGAAAUUUAUUGUCAUCACACUUGUGCCACCGACACCAACAACGUGCAGUUCGUGUUAGACGCGAGCUGCGACAUGAUAAUAGCCAAAAAUCUAAAGUCCAUGGGCUUGUGCUAG